CUCCUGUUCUGUACACAUUGUUCUCAAUUGUUCCCUUCGAACUACUCUCUUAAGGUCUCUGUAUUGAAUUCUUGAGCUUCAGUCUUGACACAAAAUUAUCCACUUGGUCGUACGUUCUUUUUCUGAUAUCUACACGCUUCGAGCUACCCCGGACAAAGUCCGUGCUAGUGGAAGCUUCAGCCGACAACAUCCAUCUUUCAUCAUGGCCGAAGUCCAGCCUCGAAAACAAAGCUUCACAACUCGUCUCGGUUUGGCUUUGAGACCGAAGAAAUCGACCAAUAGAUUGAGGAAACAAUCUACGCCCGAGGUCAAAAUCAAAGAAGUUCCCCCACUGCCCCCAACGCCCCCAAUUGGGAAACGGCUGCAGUAUGGUGCUGUCUACAGACCCUCUCAGGAUAAUACCGACGAGCAGACUGGCGAACGUCGAGAUGAUACAGAUCUACUUCAUGGACUAGCACAUCACGAAUCUCAUGACUCUCUCGAUUCCAUUGUCCAGUUAAAACGAGCUGAUCUAGAGGCUUGGCGGCCACCAGGAGAGCCUCUGAUUGCUAGCCUACCACCUGCUCUUUGGGAACUUAUUGCAUCCUUCCUUCCUCCCAGCGAUAUUGCGAGUCUGGCAUUUUCAAGUAAAACGUUGGUGGUCAGGCUCAGUCUUAGCCCAUGGCUCGCUCUUGACAAGCCCGAGAACCUCAGUGAGAGAAAUACAUUCUUGCAGCGGAUGGACAAUCAUCUACCUGCUCAUCUACUCUGCUUCGAUUGUGGAACUUAUCAUCGAAGGAUUCAACUUGGAGAAGAGAAGCUGAAACCUACGCUCGUAUUCAAUCCUCUGUACAAUUGCCCAAGUAUUGGAAAGCCUGGAUUCGUACCACCCCGACUCCGCUUGACGCCUGGGAACACCCUCCCAUACACAUUUGUUCAGCUUGUGUUCCGAGCAAUCAAGUACUCGCCCAACCAUGGUAUUGCUCUUUCUUCGCUCGCUCGACGAUGGAAAGACCCCACAAGCGAAUGGACGCAUCAGAGUCGAUACUAUAUGUACAAAGGACAUCUCCUGAUGCGAGUUGUAAGCCAAAGCUUUGCGGCACCAAAACUACCACCUAGCGGGCAACGUCACCUUCUUUAUUCUCGAGAAGAUUACACUCCAUACUUUUCCUGCUGUGCACACUGGCGAGAUGGCGAAUUGAUGAAUAUCUGCAAAUGUGCUUUGGGACAUAUCCCAGAACAGAAGCAGUCGAUUGCAACACAGCUGAAGCAGGGACCACAGAUACAGAUGGCUUUACGGCAUGUGAACCCGAUUGUCACCUUAUGCUCCACUUGUCGACCAAUGAGGCGAUGUCCGGAGUGUCCCACUGAGUACUUGGUUGAGUUGAAGCUUGCAGAAGAUAAGUUGGAUCCUGUGGUGAAAUUCAAGCAAGUCAUUGCUGUGACGAGAUGGAGUGAUUUGGGUAAUGGAUCAUCACCGUAUACGCCUGAAUGGACUUCUAUCAAUGGAGAUGGAGAAUAUCACUCUUUUAAUAUGAUGGGGAAGCGUGCUAUUUCGGGGAUUUUCGAGGCUCAGUCUGGAGUUACUAUGCCGGGGCAGAGGAUGUUGUCGUUGAAUCCUAAGAAUGUGAAAUUGGGUGAAGAUGGACACGGGUGGUAUUGAAACGACUUUAAAAGAGUCAAUUGUUUCAUGGUGGACAAGACGUAAUUCGGGUUUAAUACAGAUUGUACUUUCUUUCCACGAAAAUUAAUAUGCCUUUCGAGCGGAGGUGCUCAUAGAAGGCAGCAUAACUAGCAAAAACUUCAAACCAAAUUUUACUUAUAAUCAUGGAAACAGG